AUGACCGGUCACGCCACUGACGAAAUAAAGGGCAAAGGCAAAGUCCGACAGCGGCGCGCCCACACGCGAAGCCGCACUGGUUGCUCAGAGUGCCGCAGCCGCAGGGUGCGGUGUGGCGAGCAGCGUCCCACAUGUAGGAGAACAUGUGAAUACCCACCUGUCAAGAUACCACUGAGGGAGAGACGGGCGCUGGAGAAGGCUGGGGCAACUCAGCCGUGGGAACAUGUUCCCUGGGAGGCUCCGAGUUCUUCCAAGGGACCUGAGGUGCCUAACACCCAGGCUCUGGUCCGUCAGCUUAUUUUGUCGAGCUCUGCAACGACGUUGGACUGCGUGGCCAUUGACAUGCCCCUCAAAUCGCAUGAACUCUUCAAUUACUGUAGAUUGGUACGUCUAACCGUGUCGUCUUUCCAACCAAUAGUUAACCUUGAUAGCAUGUCAUAUACCAUAUCGGAUCCCGAAGCCCUCCGCAAUGCGAUUUUGAUGGCAGCCACUCAUUUUACAUUCAAGGUCGGCAGCCUCGAAGCAUUUGAGCAUACUUUCCUCUUGCAUAGAAUUGAGACCGUGCGACUGGUCAAAAAAUGGCUUUCCACUAGAGAUCUCACCCUUUCAGCUGCCAUCACCAAACAGAUUGCCACCCUGGCAUAUACAGAGUUCUGUAGUGGUGACAUGCAAAUGGCAGAAAAGCAUUUAAAUGUCAUCUACGCUCUACCAUGCCGGACAGCAGAUCCGUCGAAUCCCAAUAGCAAGACUCGUGACCAAGAGCUAUCUGAUCGCUAUUUUCUAUUAACCUCCACCUUCAUCCACGGCGUACAGACCGUUCUCCAUGGCAUCCUCCGCGCCGAAGACUCAACACAAGACAAGAACAGUCUCUCCGUCACCAAUCCCAUGCGUCUCAUCCACAAAUGGUACAACUCAGAGGGCCAUUACUUACACUGUCUCAAGCUUAAAGCCAUACGCCUCUUCUCAACAUUCUUUAUACUGCCUGAAAUCGGAGCAAGGCUCUCUGACGUCUACAGUGCGUCAAUAGUGAACAGUCUCCGUAAAGUCACCGAUGAAUUCUAUAAUCUCACAGAAGCUCAAAAGAUACACGAUGAUUUCUGGAGAACCGGUGCAGCUGCUAGAGUUUACGACGCAGUUCUUGAAUCGCACCAAACCUCCAUUUCAUCAACCGAUCAUGAACAUGAAGCGAUUUCAGACUCUGAGCAAAAGACUUCAUGGUGCGGAUUGGUCAUCGCAGCAGAGUUAUUCCUUGAACAAGUAGUUGUUCUAUGGCGCCCUUUCACAAAGGAGAUAUACCUCUGUAGCAUGAGGAUAUUCCAACGUGAUCUCUCCUUUGCGCUUCAGAAACCAAAUACGCCAGAGAUUGCGGAGCUAUUAUUCUGGGAAUCGUUUCUGGGAUUGAUUAGUCUUUAUUUGCAUGAGAAACUAGGGGAUAUGAAGCGAGAACCUGGCUUGAAGCCGUUUUUCGAGAGUAUUAUAAAGGAACAGAGUCGAGAUAUGGGUUUGGCGAAGUGGGAGGAUGCAAAGAGGGUGUUGUUGAAUAUUGCAUGGCCGUUGGACUUCUCUGAGGAUGAUUAUGUGAAAAGGAUAUGGGAGGCUGCAAUAGCUGACUAGGUGCUGAAGGAAGAAUUAAUUAUCAUUCUAAGUUGAGGUAUUGUAUAUGAACCUUGAGAGUAGGACAGUAGUCGGCGAUAUGGAUACAAAUGUCGCGUAAGCCUC